UCUGACUGCUGCUGUAGCUCUUGUAAGAGGGUUCUCAGCUCACAGAGUACCCAAAGUCAUUCCCAGUAUGAAUUAUUAGCUUAAUAGAGCUUUGCAGCAAUCCUGUCCUCUUUUCUUCAGCAGGGUGCUGGAGUGUCCCAGGCACCUGGGUGCCUGCAGCUUUUCCCCAUCAUGAGAAUGGAGAACUGUCAGGAGGGCAGCUUCUGGGCAGAGAUAGGUGGUGAGCAGGCUGCAGGCAGUGCCAGGGUAGUUUGUCUGGAGUGCAGCCUGUUGGGUGUGUUACAGGGGGCACCUGGGGCAGCUGCAGGCUGCACACACGGCUGCGGCUGAGCUGCUGUGGCACACAAGGGAAAGCUCUGUUGCUCAGCUUCCUUGGAGCGUGGAGGGGAAGCUGGGAGCCCUGCAGCUCUGCCUGGAACCACAUCACAACAGUUUUGUAAUUCUAGGGUGUGAGCUGAUCCUAUCUUCAUUUAAGGCUGGGCUUAGCUGGUUCUUACAGAGCAAACCCACCCUCCCUAGGAGAGAUGCAGCGCAAGGUGCUGCCCUGGGAGGAGGGUGUGUUGUGGUGCUGAAGGUGUCUGUUUUAAUGCAGCAGCUAAAACUUCAGAGCAAUUCAAGGGACUUGGUCUAGUUAAGCUUCUGAUGGCACUUUGCAGUGUAAAGCCAGACUUCUCAGAGCAAAGUGUAAAUCUGUGGCUUGAGUGUUUCUGUGAGCAGAGGAUGGCUUUCCCAUGCCUAGCAGUCCAGCUUGGUGGAGAGUCUGAUCUAGUGGGAUUGUCUUCUGGCUGCUCACACUGAUGGGAUUUGAGUUGUUCACACUGCUGAAGCCUUUCCAGAUGCACUGGAAACCAUGGCGAGCCCUGCCAAGGACAACUAUCGAAUGAAGAGCUACAAGAACAAAGCCCUAAACCCCGAGGAAAUGCGGCGGAGAAGAGAAGAGGAAGGAAUUCAGCUGCGCAAACAGAAACGAGAGCAACAGCUCUUUAAAAGAAGAAAUGUGGAGCUGAUCAAUGAAGAUGCCUCCAUGUUUGAUAGUCUCCUUGUGGAUUCCUACGUUAGUUCCACGACAUGUGGGGAAGGAGUGAUCACAAGAGAGAUGGUAGAGAUGCUUUUCUCAGAUGACCCUGAUCUGCAGCUAGCAACCACUCAGAAAUUCAGGAAGUUACUCUCCAAAGAGCCCAAUCCGCCAAUAGAUGAAGUGAUAAACACUCAGGGAGUGGUGGACAGAUUUGUGGAGUUCCUGAAAAGAAGUGAAAACUGCACACUACAGUUUGAAGCAGCGUGGGCACUGACGAAUAUUGCAUCAGGAACCUCCCAACAAACAAAAAUAGUCAUUGAAGCUGGGGCAGUUCCUAUAUUUAUAGAGCUGUUGAACUCUGACUUUGAGGAUGUUCAAGAGCAGGCUGUCUGGGCAUUGGGGAACAUUGCUGGAGACAGCUCUGUGUGUAGAGAUUAUGUCCUUAACUGCGCUAUUCUUCCUCCCUUAUUAAUGCUCCUUACGAAGUCCACCAGGUUGACAAUGACACGAAAUGCUGUCUGGGCCUUGUCAAACUUGUGCAGAGGAAAGAGUCCACCACCUGAAUUUGACAAGGUGUCUCCCUGCCUGCCAGUCUUGUCCCGAUUGUUAUUCAACAGUGACUCUGACCUGCUGGCAGAUGCAUGCUGGGCACUCUCCUACUUGUCAGAUGGUCCCAAUGAGAAGAUCCAAGCAGUUAUUGACUCGGGAGUGUGUCGGCGGCUGGUGGAGCUGUUGAUGCACAAUGACUACAAAGUGGCUUCCCCAGCACUGCGAGCGGUCGGCAACAUCGUAACGGGGGACGACAUCCAGACCCAGGUGAUUCUGAACUGUUCAGCCCUGCCUUGUCUCCUUCAUUUAUUAAGUAGUCCCAAGGAAUCAAUCAGGAAAGAAGCCUGCUGGACUAUAUCUAACAUCACAGCAGGAAACAGAGCACAAAUACAGGCAGUUAUAGACGCAAACAUCUUCCCGGUGCUGAUCGAGAUCCUGCAGAAGGCCGAGUUCCGCACGAGGAAAGAGGCGGCGUGGGCCAUCACAAACGCGACGUCAGGAGGCACUCCCGAGCAGAUCAGGUACUUGGUAAACUUGGGCUGUAUCAAGCCUCUCUGUGACCUGCUGACUGUCAUGGACUCCAAGAUUGUUCAGGUGGCAUUGAAUGGCCUGGAGAACAUCCUGAGGCUUGGAGAGCAGGAAGCCAACCAGAGUGGGACAGGCAUCAACCCCUACUGCAGCCUGAUUGAGGAAGCCUAUGGUUUGGAUAAGAUUGAGUUCCUGCAGAGCCAUGAGAAUCAAGAGAUCUACCAGAAGGCCUUUGACCUGAUUGAGCACUACUUUGGAGUAGAGGACGACUCAGCUCUAGCUCCCCAGGUAGAUGAGAACCAGCAGCAAUUCAUCUUCCAGCAACCUGAAGCCCCCAUGGAAGGUUUCCAGCUAUAAUGUGCCCAAGGCAGGGGAAAAACCCACCACAAACUUGCCAGAAAGCGACUGGGAGCGGCUGAUGGUCCCAUCCCCUUCUUUCAAACAGAAGGCUGAACACUCACUCCACCUUGUUUAGGAAACAACUCUUCCUUCAAACAACUAGAAACAGUGCUUUGUCCUCACCGAGAGAAGGGGAUGCCCUUACACUUUGUUUUUCUCUUUGCUGCUGCAUACAUGUGUGUUAAAGCAGGCAUCUGGGUGGAGGAAGAACACUGAGGUAACAGAUUGCACCUCUUGGGUGGUUGUUUAUUUUUGUUCUUUGUGGUGAUAUCUCCCAGGUGUCACUUCUUACCUCGGGUACUGAAUGGAGAUCUCAGCCUUGGGUUGGGUAGGAAGGCACCUAGCCACUGAGCAUUCUGACAUCAGUAAUUCUGCAAACAUGGGUUGAUCUAUUUAAAUUUUUUUUGCACAUGUUACUCUUUAUUAAAGACUCUAAUUUGCCAAGAGCAGAGUUUA